AUGGAGAAUCAACAUCAACAACAACAAACAUUCAACUAUGGUUUAUAUGAUAAUGUUAAUAUUGAUAAUAUAAUUAAUAAUAAUUUCGAUAAUAAUAGUAACAACAACCAUCAUAGUAAUAUUUCUAUAAAUAGUAUUAAUGAGAAUCAUAGUAGUAGCGGCAGUAACAAUAGUCAUAGUUAUAUAAAUCCUGAUUUAGAUAUAAAUAAUAUAGUUGCAUCAGCUGUCAAUCAUAGUCAUCUAAAUAAUCAAAACGGAAAGAGUGCAUUGAUGGCACAACAAUCGACAACUACCACUACAACUACCACCAACGGAAACAACAACACUAGUACGAACGGUGGUAGACAACCAACAAGAAAAUAUAAGAAACAAAAAGAUAAACUUGCAGAGCUGGGCAUACACGUUGAACUAUCAUCUAAACCAAUAAAGAAAGAAGAUGCAAACGGCAGUGGCGGUGUUGUAGCGAAACCAAAACGUGGACCAAAGAAGAAAGCUGCUGCAACAGCACCACCACCAACUACUACAACUCAAACUGUUAAUAAUAAUAAUGAAGAUAAAGAAGAUAAGAAAAGAAAAAAGUCGGCAACAGCUGCUGUUGUUCCACCCUCGAGAUCGUCGUCAUCGACGAUGAUGUCGUCACACGACGAUAGCGAUGACAGUCACGAUGACGACGACGACUACUACGACGAUGAACACGAUCAUGACCACGAUCAUUCCGACGACGAUCCAAACGACAACGAAGACCAAAGAAAACGAAAACGUCUACUGAAGAAUCGUGAGGCGGCACAGCUGUUUCGUCAGCGUCAGAAGGAAUACAUCAACAAUCUCGAGUCGAAAGCAAACUCACUGCAGAGUUCGAACGAUCUCGCCAAUUCAAAGGUCGAGCAACUACUCAUGGAGAACGGUGCAAUGAAACAGCAGGUGGCAUGUCUAAAGACAUUUGUGAAACAAGCGGUAUCUUUCUCAGUGUCACCGACCGUACUCACACAACCAUUGCCACCACAACUAACAUCUAUGCAAUCUGCAACCUUUCAACAGCUACAACAACAACUUCAACAACAAACUCAACAGCAACAGCAACAGCAACAACAACAACCACUUCAACAACAUCAAACAAAUCAACAACAAUAUUUUAAUAAUUCAUUGAAAUCACCUUUAAAGAUACCAGAUGUUGCACCUGAUUAA